AUGGCUUCGCCUUCACAAAACAGCCCAGCGCUUGGUACAACCAACCCGGUUGCAAUAACAAAUGCCAGCGGUGCUACAAAGACGGCUGGAACUGGUAGUAACGCAGCGGGAGGAUCAUCUGCUUCAGGAAGCAGUGCCGGGGACAGUGUGACACAGCUUUUAACCAAGCCAAGACUGCAGGAACUGGUUCGGGAGAUAGAUCCCACUGAACAGCUGGACGAGGAGGUAGAGGAAUUGUUGCUGCAAAUUGCGGACGAUUUCGUUGAAAACACGGUGAAUGCCGCAUGCCUUCUCGCAAAACAUCGCAAAGUCCCCAAGGUAGAAGUGCGGGAUGUACAGCUCCAUCUCGAACGAAAUUGGAAUAUGUGGAUCCCUGGAUUUGGCACGGAUGAACUACGGCCGUACAAGCGUGCGACAGUAACGGAAGCUCACAAACAACGACUAGCUCUGAUACGGAAAGCGAUUAAGAAAUACUAGCAUAUUCAAGCAAUAGAAAUAACAACUAGUAUUUAUAAUCAUUCAUGCUACAUAAAUAUGAUAUUUUUGUACAUUGACUGCCAUUUUCAAAAUAUGCAUCUACUAAAACUGUCCCACACGA